AUGCUAAAGACAGGGUUUGAUUAUGAGGGCUCGGAAAUUAUUCUCAAAGUCAUGGAUGGAGCACCGGCUAACUGGUCAACCAUGCUUACAACGCAAUCAUACGGCACUGCCGAGGAUCUUCAGACAGCAAUGCGUUACCAUGAAGAGACGUUAAUGGAUCUAGACCGAGAGAGGCCGAGGUUCUCUAAUCAACGGGAUGACAGUGAUCAUACUUUUAAACCUGCGUAUGUACCUUGGUCAUAUCUUGUGGGCACAUGUACAGAUUUACCGCCACCACAAUUCCCAAAAGAUGACUCUAACAUUUCAAAGAAGACUACUCCCAAGGCAAAAGGAGCCCGACCAUGCCAUCACUGCGGAAGUGAACUUCACUGGGACAAGGAGUGCAAGUACUCCAAGAGGACUGCUUGUGUGCGGCUCUGCGAAAUAUCAGUAGAUGACUUGGAAGCACAAGACGAGUAUGAGGAGCUCUUCGAUAAUCUUAGCGAUAACAAGACACUGCAGGAUUUUGAUUCUGCCCUCCAGUCUUCCAAAUCAUCGAACCUGGAGGGCUGCUCAACCAAUCAACCAGACUCAGAAACACAGACUUACCAUGUAACAGCCACUUCUCAUGAAGCUACCAUUUUCAAGGCAACUAUGCCUCCAUUCAAACAGCCUCUUAAUCGCCAGACACAUUGUUGA